AUGGACUACUAUUUCGCACUGAAGAAGCAGGACCUCUCGGUCAACAUCGACAUGCACAAUGAGAGGAUCGAAGGGAGCACCACCAUGACCUUGGCCCUCUAUAUGCCCAUUUAUUACCUUUACGAUGAAGAAGAUUUUGCCAAGGUCAAUUAUGACAUUAACAAAGUUCGAAUUAGGAGAGAUGCAUACUGCUCUGAAGGGGGUCAUGGCCAAACGGCGGAAGAAGGAAAAGAAGAUGAAGAAGAGGACACAAGCGAGGAAGACGACGAAGAUGAAGGGGGAAACGCCGUAGAUCCAGGACAUGGCGAUACCAUAGACGGGAGAAGAGAUGAAGAAGAGGAGAGACACAAACAGGGGGCAUGCUCCAAAUUGGCUGAAACGCAUACCUCCAGUGCGUUCGUCACACACGGGAAGGGUGAGGAGCACGGAGGACAUGGAAGGCACAACAAAUAUGGCACACAUCGAAAGCACAGCAAGAAUAGCAAGCACGCUGCGCUAAACGGAAAAGACCCCCAGGAGGAAGGUCCGAGAGACAUCCCACUGCUACAGGACAAAGACUACACCAAUUUUAUGAAGAAAAAAAAAGAAAAAAAAGUAUUCGUCGCUCUUGAAAUUCCACACAACAUAAACUCGAGCUCUUACCAGGAUGUUAAAAUGAACGGAACAGAACAGGAGAAGUACUACAUCAUAUAUAACAGCUUGGGGCAUGCCAACGAUCCCUAUGUUGAAGGGCACGCCGCGGGGUGUGUGAAUCAGAAGUACGGUCAGUAUGGUCACCAUGGCCAUUAUAACAUGUACAAACGGAUGGGACAUAGGGAGAACCCAGGCCAACGCGUAGCACCGAAGAAGGGGGGACCACCAUACGGCAUAACAACAAAUGGAGAAAUAGAGAAAAACGAAAACUCAAAAAUCAAGUUCGAGUUGAAGCAAUUCAAUUUUCCUCACUCGAGUGGACAAAGUAAUGAAGAGGGAGAAGUCGCUAAUGGUUAUGGAUUCCCCACCUGGGAAAACACCCAAGGGGGGAUCGACCCAAUAGACGAAGCACCACAUGAAGAAAGGGAAGCGAAAAGGGAGACAGAAACGGAUGAGGAGGAAGACUACGACUUUGUCAAUAAUCACAAAAGAGAACGAAUCCCAAACAUCCUAGACCUCGUGUCCUUAAACAAAUACACAGAGGAAAAUCACCUCAAGGGAAAUAACUUUAUGUUCAUAACAAUAGAAGAUGAAAUAUGGAACAAGGAAAAGGAAAAAAAUUACCACAAUUGGAAAAAUUUCUGCCAAGGAGAAACAGUUACAGUAAAGAAGAAAGGAGAAUAUCACAUAAAAGUUAUAAUAGAAAUAAGUCUAACCUUUUCCUUCUUCAAUUUAACAUCCUCUCGUAAUAAUUUAUAUUUUAAUAGGACUGAAAAUAUACUCGUACGAUUACAGAACUAUUCUGGUAACUGCACCUUCUUCCCAACCUUGUCAACAAUUAAUAGCAUUUAUGGAAGAUGCUUUUGGGAACUCCUUUUCAGAAUUGAAAAACCCUAUAUGGUUAUAUCUUCGAACAGUUUAGUAAAUGUAUACGAAGUUGGUAAUGCAAACUUCUUUCUUUAUAAAUCGUGCAAUCGGAAUGGCAAAUUGGCUCCCCAUGAAAUGUCUCUCUAUGCUGGUAGGUUUGAUUUCCUUCACUUAAAUAAUCUCAACCUUAAAGAUUUUCAGAAAAUAAAUUACGAUUUUUUGUACAAAACGGAAAUGGAGUCCAGGAGUAAUAAAUUCUAUUCGGCUGAUCAGUACGGGAAGGUGAAGGGGAAAGGGGGGGCAGGUGCGUCUGGAAGAAUGGAUAAGCUGGCCGAGGGUACGAUGUCUCUGUCCAGGGAGAAUCUGUCCUCUGGGGGAAAAACCAAACGGAGGUCUUCAGCUAAGCGAUACUACGUCGACUCAGACGGGAGCAGCGACGAGGCAAAUGUGAUCAGCGCGAACGUGAACAGCGCGAACGUGAACAGCGCGAAUAGUUUGAUGAACGCGGACGGUGUGGCCAACCCGGAUCACACCGCCGCCCCCCCCACCAGCGAGUACCGCGAAAAAGGCACCACAAAGAAAAAGGAGUGGUGCACCUACUACCAACGGGUGAAGGAUAAAGUGGUGCCAAACAUAUUCAUCUUUACCUUAAAAAAUUACAAAGACGAAAUGGUCCACUCCAGUUAUCACGUAGGAUACAUACUACGAACAUUUCUCGAAAUCAGCAAAGAAAGCUUCCCCUUUAAUAACAUAACAGUCCUAUUUCUCCCUCUAGCCUUUUUAAACUUUGAGAAUUACCCCUCGUCCGAAAGUAUAGAAUGCUCCGUCAGUGCACACACGUAUGAUGAUAUGAAAAAUGGCUACAAUCUCUUUGCAAAUAGUAACUUGUUAAAUGCAAAAUUAUCAGAGCCUUAUGUUUUUCUCGGAAGUAAUAAAUAUUUUAUCUUUGGAAAUGUUAUUGUAUUCUCUACUCAAAUUUUACACUCUCUCUAUGACACCCUUUUUAAUAUAAGUCUGUAUAGCUACAAGAUUGUCAUGGCAGAGGGGCUGAUUUCCCUUUGCUUUGAUCAUUACACGCACUUAGUGAAGGAUGAAAAUGUCCACCUGAUAUUUAUGCUUAAGUGUCUCGUCCUGCAAAAAUAUUUGGAGCAAAUAUUCGGGACCAUCGAAAUGAAUGUCAUUUUUUACGAGCUCAGGGAGAGAUACUGCUCCCUCGUGGAGCUCUUCGGUGAUGUCAAUUUGUUUUACCAUUGUAAUAAGGAUAGGGGCAAGUCGUUCACAUCAGAGCAAGAGCGGAAGAUACCUACCGGGACAGCGUCAACGCACUCUAAUGUUCCAUCCAUGGGGGAUAAUGUCCCUACACAGAGCCGAUCCCCCUAUGCGCUAAACCAUCUCUUCUUCCUUAAAGCGUUCCUCUGUGUCAGAAUUUUCUUCAACAUAUUGAAAAGCUUCUCCUUCUGUGCAACCAUUCAACAAUACUGCUUUUCACUUUUCUUUUCUUAUCUCAAGCGAAAGGGACGGAUGAUCAGUGCGUCCAAGUUUUGGAAACAGGUCUUCGCUGAGUGCACGCGCAGGUACAUUGAAAGCUACAAGCAGCUCCCCAAAAACAAAUUCAAAAUGAAGAAGAUCGACCUGCACGCUAACUCAAGCGAACUCAAGACAGAAGAGCACGAGCAGUACCAACUCCUAGAAAAAUAUUUCUCGCAAUUCCUUGAAACGUACAUUAAGGGAUACGGGGUCUGCCAGUACAUACUAACAUUCAAUGUGCACCUACAGAGAAAAGGGACUUCCAUGGACAGCUUCAAUUUCCUGGUCAGCCAAAAUUCCAUUAACCCCUUCAACUUUGUGAAUGAGGAUUUCCACUCCGCCUACUUCCUUGCAGAGAUGGCGUCCACCAGUGUGUACAAUCUGCUCGAGCUCAACAAGCAUAUCGAUUCGAAGAGCAAUACACAUGGGGGCAAACACAACAGCCGAAGGAACAAAAUUGUCAUGCACGAUUAUCUAGACCGAAUAUACUACGAUAAGCUGUUCGAAAAAGGAUCCUCAAGUGAUCACUUCUUCCAUAAUUUGGAGAAACACUUUCUCUCAUUUUUAAAACAAAAAAAAAUCCUCCAGACAGACCACUUUUAUGAAUAUCGUGAAGACCUCCUAAGCCGUAAAGCCAACCAUUUGAUAAAAAGAUACGUCAUGAAGAGGAAGCGUAAAAUUUUUUCCUUCCUCCCAAAUGCCACCCUUAGGAAAAUGGCGCUCCGCGCAGACAUGGCCACAUCGCACAGUAGCAAAAUUGUCAAAGGGAGAAACCCUAUUGGGUAUGGGCAGAGUCAAAACGAAUCAAAUUGUUCCACUGCCAAGCGCCACAUGGAAGGCCCCAUCCAAGGCGACACCCACAAUGACCAAACGGAUGCCACUCUUUACGCACGAACCGCCGACAGUGAAAUGUUCAUCACAGAAGAACAAAGCAGAGCGACCUUUUCAAAAAAAGGAAAUCAAAAAAGAGAAAACAUCAUGAGAAGGGAAGGAAAAAAAAAAAAAAAAAAAAAAAAAAAAAAUUUCAAUAGGGAACAAACUACAACUGCAGAAGAUCUAAUUAGGGCAGAAAAAAUAAGCAAGCGUGUAAAGAUAUACAGAAAUUAUAUUUUAAAAAAAAAAAAAGAGUUAAUCAAUUUGCCCUACUCCAAUUAUGAUAGCUUGGAACUCAUCGCAAGGGAUGGUAACUUCUACCUGGGCUUCGGAUACGUGGGGUCAGAUGACCUCGCCUUGACCACUGGGAAAGGAAACCUCUACAAUAAUAUCAUCGCGUAUCAGAAAUUUAAAAAUUGUAAUGUGAAAAAGUUAAGUGAGUUGUGUGUAGACAAGCAUCAGAUCCAUGAGUAUAACAGCACAACUCCCUUCCACACCAGUUGCAUAUACCCGCAUUGGAAAACCACCCUUCGCUUGUUUUACUACUUGCACAUUCUGGGAAAAAUUCAAAAGAAGAAAAAGCUCCUAAGACGCGCUAGUGCUCCCGCGAUCGAUGCCAAGGAGGAAAACGAAAUUGAAAUUUUUGAACAGGGGGACCACUCGGAGGGGAAGCUCCAUGUGGCCAAGGAAAGGAGAAAGAAAAACAAAAAGGACAGAAAAAGAAAGGAGAAAAAAAAACAUAGAAAUGGGGGGAGUCGCCAUGAUGCCGCCCGAUACAAGCACAGGAAAAGAAAGAAGAGAAAAAAAAUGCACACAAUGGAGGGUUCGCAAAUAUUGGAAAGUGUGGAAAACGAGGAAAUGAUGGACCAAGCGGAGGGGGAAAGAGGUGUGCUGAAGGGUGGAGAAAACGACGAGGAGGAAGAAGAGGAAGAGCAGAGAGGGGGGGUAUAUGGCGAAGACGUGAAUGCUUUCAAUCACCCACCUUACAGCACGCUCGAGAGUGCCGCUAGCAUCAAUUUUGACUACCCAUACGCAGGGGACGUGAUGCAAGAAGAAGGGGGAGAAAACGCCCCGCCCUACGACUCCAUUAUGGAUGAGGGAAUGUCAGAGGGGGAAGCCCAUAGGAAUGGCACAGGGGAAUACAUAGACCAGAUAAGCGAAGCGGAGGACGCAUCUGCCAAUGCAACGGGUGAUUUCCCUGGCGCAAGCGAAUCGAAGAAGAAAAAGAAAAAAAAAAGGGAAAGGCACAAAAUGAAAAAAAGCAAGGAAAAGGAAAAAAUAAAAAACCUCAAGGAACUCCUCCUCAAGAACAAGCUGUACGUGGAGAACUACCUUAACCCAUAUGUGGCCAAUAACAUUCCCAACUCAGUAGACGAACAUAAAUUUUUCUUUUGCUUGUUAACGAUUGAAAUUGUGGAGGAUGACGGAGUAAGAGUUGUGAAAAAAAAUUUGCUAGAGAAUGUUACUCCAACCCGAUUCAGUGUAAACGCCAGACCAGAAAAGGGAAGGAAAAAGGUCGCCUUCAAACAUGAGUCCAUAUAUAUGACCAAGCAUGAAGAGUACGUUAGUAGAAAUUCAAUCGAUGCGAUGGACAGCUACAUAAAUGAAACGGUUAAGUUCAUUGGAGUUACAAAUGAAAGUGACAAGCACAUGAUUGAGUAUUGUAAGCAGAAGGUCCUCAAGAAGGACAAGUCGUUGAUGUGUCUAGACAAUAGGAAAUUAGUUGCUAAAAUUUGUAGCAAGGGAAAAAUACCUCUACUUUGGAUUCGAAUAGAUAAUGACUUUUCCAUCCUCGGGAGAAUUAGAAGGACACAAAGUGCUAGUAUGUGGAUUCAGCAGCUGUUCAAUGACAAUAAUGUUUUCGCUCAACUGGAGUCUUCCUUUGCCUUGGCCUUUAUCCCCUUCUUUUUCCUCCAGAGGAAUGUAACAGGGGCAGACCCAGCGGGGGGUAGUGUAGUAGCAGCAACAACAGGGGGUGGAGUAGGAGCUGGAGUAGGACCGGCAAUGGAAGCGGGAGGAGAAGAGGGAGUAGGACCCGUGGAUUAUAAAACUGAUCAAGGAACCCAUGCAGAUAGUACACUCGACAUAAAUAUGCAUACCCUUGCAGUAGGGGCUGCAAAUGCAGGAACAAAUCACCCACCACACGACAUUGCAAAUGGAGGAGAGAACAUCGGUGAAGACUCCAUGCAGUUCAUCCAAUCUGUACUCAGCACAAAUAAAAGUGGAAAACAUAAAAAAAAUGAUUUUCACUUGGGAAAUAUACCAUUUAAUGUUGCAUCUGGGGACACUCUAAAUAAUCAACUCUUAAACGAUACCUAUAACGUUGCACAUGCACAAGAAAAAAAUACUCACAAGAAUCGCAUGCACAAUGGGGAUGUCUCUUCCAACCCUAUGAUGAAUGAGAACAACAUAGUCCAUGCCAACUAUACAGGUUACGCAGCGGAGGAAGACGAAGUCGAGGAGGAUGAGGAAGAAGAAGAAGACGCCACUUUGGACCUACCCAACAGUGCAAAUUAUGAAAAAAGGAAAAAUGCACAUCUUACUCGGAUGGUCAGAAAUGAACAAACUUCCAUUAAAGAUAAAAUGAACAACCAUCAAGUGAACCAUGGCAAAAAUGAUUUACUUAAAAUGGAUAGGAUGUCAAGUCAUACUAGCAGUUCUGGAAGCGACACGGAUAUUGUGGAUUGUAAUUUUUCCACUUCCACUAUUGACGAUCUGAAUGAAGAGGAGAACACUUCAGAACGUAACUACUCAUCGUCCAGUUAUAAGAAACAAAAGAAUUAUAAAAAAAAAUGGACCAGAAAAAUAUCUAUUGAAAAUAUCCCCAUUAAUGUAGAAGUAAUCAAGUGCCUCUUCAAAUCCAUAACAGCUUCAUACCUCCAUUAUAUGGUAAAGAUUAGGUGCAUUUAUUCUCUUUGCUUUAUUCACAAUAGGUACUUGUGUACUCAAAAAAUUAUUCAGAAUUUGUUCAUGGAAUAUACAAAUGAGUUUUAUGGAAAUGAUUUGAAUGAGAAAAAAUUCAUGCAUGCCUUUUAUGUUGCCAUGUCUUUGUUAAGGAACAAAAAUAACCGCACGCCAAAAAUUAUAAUUUCUUUUCUCGCGCAAAAGUGUGCCAAUUUCGUCUACUCCCUUACACUUAGUGACAAGUACCAUGUGAUGCGUGACCCGCAGGGGGGCACUGCGGCACCCCCGCAGCACAUUUCUCCGAACGGGGUUAACACAAAUCACGUAGGGAAAUGCCCUCAAAAGGGGGAACUACAGGGGGACAUGCAAGGGGAACGACAGCGGGAACUGCACGAAAACGCCAACGUGUCCAAAACGUCCUGCGCGACAUCCUUCCCUCUUAUAUUCCCUCCCUCCAUGAACGACGUGUGCACAAGCUACGACAGCGUCAACCUCAAGCAAGGAGAAGCAAACAGGGGCUCCUACUCCGCAGUUAUGAACGAAGACAGGCCACCCGAAGGAUCCCAUAAUGAAGCCGAAAUGGACAUUGUAGUGGAGAGAAUUACCGCCCUGACCCACGAUCAACAGGAAAUAUCCCAACAGGAGGGAGACCUCCGCCGCCGUACCCCGAAUUCAUAUAAAAACGCGCAGCAAAAACGGACAAGAAAAGUUACGUAUGAAAAGGACCUCCUCAUUCAGAAGGAAGAGGAGGAGGACAUCAAGAUGGUGCUGGAAUGCCUUGGCAAUAUCAGGUUCAAAGUGGAGAAUCUCGCCCUCACUCACCACCCUACCGCAAUACCGAACGGUACAACGAAAGACAACCCGAUGAGCAACAAGGAGUACCUCUUUUCAGAGUACCUCUCGUAUGCUACACAACGUCAACUCCCAAACAGUGCAAGCAACCAUAAUAACAUUUUCCAGAAAAAAAAAAAAAAAAAAAAAAACUACCACACAUACGAUUUCUGCAACAUACACAUUUACAAUAAUGAUGAAAAAAAAUUGAAAAAUAAUUUCUUGAAUUUAAAAAAAAAAAAAAAAGAAUAUGUACAAGAACUAAUAGAUGUGAUAUUUCUCAUAUACCAGCUGAAAAAGCUCUCUCCAUUUUUGCCCAUUUCCGAUUGGGUCAUAAUUAUCCUCAUCAGAACCAUAGGUAGGAACAAAAACAUCCUGGACGCGUUCAAACGGAAGAUGUACUUGGAGUAUAAGGACCAUUUCGAUUUGUGUAAAUGUCUCCCCAGUGAAUUUUUCCCCUGGGGAAGUAGUGGAUCCAACAUGAGUAAUUUCAUUUCGCCGAGAAAUGCAAACUGGUUUCGCCUCGAAAUUGUGCGAGCCAUUAUUCAUUUAAUUCUACAUGGGAACAUCCGAUUGUUUCAACUUUUUUAUUGUGUCAUUCCUGAAGGGGAUUCUCACGAGCAGAAGCGUACUACCCAGGUGGGUCCUCCCCAAUGCAGAACCGACUCGCUCACAAAUAGUUACACAAAGGAAAAUUACUUCUUCGUAUCAAAUUACACAAAUUACGUGGAGAGAAAAACCAUAUGCAGUCAUGUGCUUAACAUUUAUAGCGCUUUCCAGUUCUGCCUCCAAGUUGUACAACUCUAUCAGGAUGCCCAAUUUGAAAUGCUCCUAUGGAGUAGUCUGUACAAGAUGCUUCUCAUAUGCCAACAGAAGCACCCCUUCUUCUUUUUGCCCUUUUCAAAAGCAUUCUCCAAAUAUUUUAAAGAUUACCAGAAGAAAACCUACUCCCCCUUCGAGUUUUACUUUUUGCUUUACGGCUUGAGCGAUGUUAACGCAUUCGAAAAGGAGAAUCACAGUGAGGGAGAUGAUUGUGGACGCCAUUCUACUAAUAAUCGCGGUGGUGCUACUAAGCGGGACUCUUUUAACCUCCCCACUGAUGCGCAUUACACAACCAAUGAACAGAUAGUAAAUAUUUUGAAGCAAAAAUGUUGUUCCCAUUUAACUACGUCAAAAGGGACAAAGGAUGUUCAAAUUUACAAGUACAACAUCCUCGGUUACAUAAAACUAAUUACCAUUUUGAAAAACGUCACGCACACAAAUAAACUGAAGAAGAAUUUCAUUCAAAUGAGUUUUAUAAAAUAUGUAAUUCGAUAUGUGCACUCCCUUUUGAGAUCAUUGAUUGUCUCCUUUUCAAGUGCAAAUGUGAAUUACUUUAACAAUGCUAUCCUUUUCGAGCUAAAAAAUAUUAUGGCCUUUUUCUUUGGCUACGGCAUUCCUCCCUGCUGCUCCAGCCAGUGGCCGUACAUUUACCGCCCGCACUACGACAAGCUGCGAAGCAUAGAAAGCAAAGGAGUCCAAAUAAACGACCUGAUCAAGUUCCUCCGGACAUAUUACGACAACGAAAACCUCUUCGAGUGGAAAAUCGUCGCGUUGGAAUUCAUUCACGUUUUAAGAAACAUGAAGGAACUGGAACUAUUUGUGGACACCCCAACCGUGUCUUUGCAAAAUUUUAAUUUCAUCAAAGAGAAUAUAUGGCUCACGCUGAUCGCCGCCAAGCUACAGCACGACAUUUAUAAAUUACCCAUGGACCUAAAAAGAGACAUAAUGCUCCUGCUCAAGAACAUCCGCAUGGUCGACAUGUGCCUGGGCACCAACCACCACGACCACAUCAACAACAUCUUCAAUGUCUGCUGGUUCAUUAUUGUGAAAACAUUUCAGAAUUAUGAAAAGAGCAAGUCAUGA